AUGGCCAAGAGCUCAUCAACGGAGACGGGUGGCUCGGAGGAGGACGCAUCGAGUUCGAUAUCCCCUCUCACGUACAGGGGUGGGGCUUUUAUGAUGCAACAAGCGGCUUCCUCUAUAGGGGAGAGCAGACAGGGUGGCAGAAUCGAUGUUGGUCAGCAGUCAGUAUCAGACCAGGUAUCGGAAGCAGGUCGAUCAUUGGUUGUUACCAAUUACCGCACUGUCCAUCCCCUCCCCUCCCUAUCACUACCUAUUGCCAGCCGUCAAGUCGAGAAUGAUGGGUCCCCUCGUUUCGACCUACCUACCACCAGCGAUCAGGACCCCGUCAUGGUGGCUGAGCUAUUCACUCCUUCCCAUAGUGUUAAGUAUACUGAUAGAAGUGCCGAGGGGUCGACCAGUCAGUCCAAGUGCCCAUUCUGUAGAGAUGUGUGUAUGGUGGACCGUUCGACUGCCUCCUAUGAUACCGACACGGAAGCUGUCUCUAGUCUGUCCUCUGUGCUGGAUGCAGCCCAGAUAUGGAUAGAAGACCAGGCUGGCCUCUCCCUGUGGAUCAAUGGUUCUUUCUUCGCCACCCGGGUCCCUAUAGAGUCCCCUAGUGCAGCUGUUCUCUCUGUAUGCCCCGGUCAGGCCUCUUUUAGAGUAGUACUACCAAAGCAGUCCUGGCGGCUGGUCACUGCACCACUGUAUCAUACACUACUAUAUCGUCUGUGUAGUGCUCCCGGCACACGUCUGCUGAGAGCAGCAUAUUGCCUUUCUUCUAUGGUGUACUCAGCGAAGGAGUUUAGGGUUGUUUUUGAACUGCUACUGCAUGAGGCGAUCGAUGCCUGUGUUCCUAUCUUUGUAAGGAUGGACAAAUUGGGUGUUGAUAACCUCUCUGUGGUGAAGCACCAUCCCGCGGUGGCCAUGCGUUUGCGUACACUCACCAACGUACUGGACCUGGUCGGCCAUUUCGGUCCGUCAGCUGUGGGCUACCUCGUCGCGGCUCUGCGGAAGACCGAGCCACACGUGAGCUUCCGGCACGUGUUGGGAUUGAUGGAUGAAGGGGGCUCAGCUAAGGUGGCUCCUGAUCUCUUCAAUAGUGGUCUUAAGGAGGGGCGGCUCUACCAGGCUGCGGCACUGCUACUGUUGGUACAGUACUCUGCUGGGCCUGAUACAGCACGACGGGAUUACGCCUUGCCGCUCCUCAAGGCGGCUCUGGAUAGCGGUGAUAAGGCUCUGGCCGAGCAGUGUGUUCGCUUCUACUCAGCAAUGGGGUCUGGCCAUCCGGUUGAAGUAGUGGAGUGUAUUAGAGAACACUGUGUGAAAUUGGUGAAGGAUUGCAAUUGGGUGGAGCUCCUCAGUUGCUUGGGUAUUGACGGCACUGUGAGGGAGUUCUUGGACGGCGUUACUGAGCCAGAAAUGGUCAGCUUCGACACAGUGGUCCGGUCAAUGCGGAGAUUGAUGUUGUGUGAUAGACCCCCAGAGGAGGCGCCUGGCUCCACCGCGUUGCCGAGUAAGGGCUUCAUUAUGGAUAAUUACCCGUGGAAGAUCCUUGAGUCUUCUCCGCGAAUAGCGCUCGCCUCGACGAUCGAUCCGGAGGUCUGGGGUGCCCUUGAGUUCGUAGUUGUACUGCUUUUCCGAAGUGGACGGUUUGCUGGGUGUGUGUGGGAUGAAGAUGGCAAGAUAGUGGAACACACUACGUUUAAGAAGUACACGGUCCGGCGGAAACAAGGCGGAGCUCAGCGGAACUUCGAGCAGGCCAAGUCGAUGGGGGCAUUCAUGAGGCGCACGCAGGACGCCAAGAUCCGACAAGAUGUGUCGGAGGUGGUGUCUGAGCGGUGGAGGGAGUACUUGGGUAGCCCCAGGGCGCUGGUGUUUGUCGGGUCCCCACGGCAGGACCAAAACUCCAUUUUUGUGGGCCCGUUGAAAGCUGGGUAUAAGGACACUAGGGUUGCUAAGGUGCCAUUGAGUUUUAGGGCACCAACGUUCACUGAGGUUUUGCGUGUGUAUAAUACUCUUAUGCGGAUCAUGGUAGAAGGCUCCGCUGAUGGUAGUGACUGA